AACACUACCGUAAACAAUUGGCUACUGUCGCACGGACCGUAACGUUUACUGUACAGAAGAACCAAAACUUAACAGCAACAUCGGGACAGAACCAGGAAGUUGUAAGUAAAACCAACAUAUAACGUAAUACAAACAUUCUUAUAAAUGCAGAAGACAAUGGUGUGAAUGAACGGUGCCGCGGUGGACUGAUGGACUUUAAGAGAACUGUUUUGGUGACUGGAGGAUCAGGAUUCAUUGGCUCCCACCUUGUGUGCUCACUGGUCCAAAGACACCCUGAUUGGAGAAUUAUUAACUUUGACAACCUGGAUUACUGCUGCAGCCGCAGGAGUCUGGAGAGCAUUGAAAACAGAGCCAACUACACUUUCAUCAAGGGAGACGUGUGUAGCUCCCAGCAGGUGAACCACAUCUUCAACACAGAAAACGUUGACGUCGUCUUUCACUUGGCUGCCAAAACGCACGUCGACUCAUCCUUCCGGAGCCCGUCCGACUUCCAGCACGUGAACUUCAACGGAACCAGAGUUGUGCUGGCUGCAGCCCAUCACGCCCACCACCGGCCUCAGUGCUUCAUCUACGCCAGCACGGAUGAAGUGUACGGACCCGGUCUGGAUGAGGUGUUUGAUGAGGACAGUCCAGUGAGGCCUUCAAACCCAUAUGCUGCCACAAAGGCGGCUGCUGAGUUCCUGGUCAGAUCCUACUGGGACAAAUAUAAGUUUCCUGUCAUCAUCACCAGGAGCAACAACAUCUACGGGCCACAUCAAUACAUUGAGAAGGUCAUUCCCAGGUUCCUCACCCUUUUGCACAUGAACAAGAAAUGCACCAUUCAGGGAACCCGACCAAAAUCCCGCCACUUCCUGUUUGUUGGCGAUGCGGUGAACGCCUUCCUGCUGCUUCUGGAGAAAGGAACGGUGGGAGAAGUUUACAACGUGGGGGCAGACAGUGAGAUUGCCAUCGUGCAACUGGCCAAGGAACUUGUAAAGAUGGUAAAGAGCGUGCCAGAUGCCGAGUUGAACGACUGGCUUGAGUUUGUGCCUGACAGGCCGAAGGUGGACCUCCGCUACCCUAUCACAUGUGAGAAGCUGCAGCAGCUGGGUUGGAGAGCCAAAGUGUCUUGGUCUGAUGGCAUUAGACAAACUGUCCAAUGGUAUCAGGACCACCAGGACUUCUGGUCAGACGCAGCAGAGGGUCCCAAGAGCGUUUUCAAGCCAGCUUGACUUUCUACUAAGAACUUCAUGUUUUCUCUUUCUGCCUGAUCUCAGGCUUACGUUGCCUCUACUGUACACUGCCGUUAGGCCAAAAGGCAGGAGGGCAGAGCCUCACUUGACCAAAGCAGUGUGACGUAAACAUAAAUGCACUUUGACUCCUGCUCAGGUGAUUGUGGUCUUUUCUCCAAACAGCGUACAAGUGAUCUUCGCGCUUUGAAUUUUGCGGCUUCACUAUCACCGUUUUUCAAAAAUAUCGUAAUGAAUGAAUCAUGCCGUUUGGUGGUGGUGGU